AUGUGGCGGUGGCGCCCCCGGACCGCGGCGCCGACUGCUUCCGCCUGCUCGGAUGGUGGGUGGGGGGGGGUGGCCGGGGGUGGGGGGGGGCUGCCUUCCCCCUCCCCCUCCGGCCCGGUGACCCCCCCCGCUCUGCUUCCGCCCCUUCCCCGCAGCCCCCGCACCUUCCGGCUGGACCAGGCCGAGCUGCAGCGGCGCUUCCGGAGCCUCCAGCGCCGCCUCCACCCGGACGGCUUCGGCCAAAGCAGCCAGGCGGAGCGGGAGUUCUCGGAGCAGCACUCGGCGCUGGUGAACGAGGCCUACGACACCCUCCGGCGCCCCCUCAGCCGCGGGCUCUACCUGCUGCAGCUGCGUGGGGUGGAGUUGCAGACGGGGGCCGACAGCGAGGCAGACCCGGAGUUCCUCUCAGAAAUCAUGGAGAUCAACGAGAAACUGGCAGCGACAGACCAGGAAGACGCCAGGGCAGAGCUGGAAGUCCACAUCGCAGCCAAACAAGAGGAGCUGGCCAAAGAUGUGGCCCAGGCCUUUGAUCAAGACGAUCUUCAGAAAGCAAAAAGAGUCCUGGCCAAAAUGAAAUAUUUUGCCAACCUGGAAGAAAAGGUGAAAAGUAAAAAGAUCCCUUCCUAACAUCACAUUAUUAAUCAGGAAGGGAUUUUUAUCAUGAUGACGGUUCCCUGGUAACUGAACCGUUGUGUGCAGCUCUCGGUUUUUCUGCUCCUUGGAAAAUACAAAGAGCCCUGCUGGAUGAGACCACGAGUUCAGCAUCCUGCCCCCAUGCAAGACAUCCUUGCUUCUUUCCACAGCCACCCCAGCAGGUGUCUUGGAACUGGAGGCUCCAGGGGGCACUGCCACUGAUAGCCAUGGGCAGGCCGAAAAGAACAGGGACCUAUAGCAGAGGCAGCAGAACGACUCUCAGCUGCUGCAAGAGUCCUCUUUGCUUGUGCUGCCGUGGAUGACCGCUUGAAAGCCUCCCCAGCCAGGGGCAGUGGCCUGCCCCCUUGCCCUGCAGUGCUCUUUCCUUACGACUGCCAGGUUUACUCAGGAGUCUGGGGAGAGCAUUUAAAACCUGUCUAAUAGUUUGAAUAUUGGAGCAUAAUAAUUUACCAGCAAGCUCCCUAUGCAGUGCUUGUAGGGGACACCUUGUUAGCCAGAUUCAUCUGCUCGACCAGCAGUGGCCUUUGAUUUUGGAGGGGCUGCUGGUGGCUGCUGUGGCGCCUUGGUUCUGCUUUGUGUGCCUCUAAUCUCUCUUUCUAAGAACGCUCUCCCAGUUCACCUUGGAGGGUCACAAGUUGGGCUGAUUGGCUCUAAGUUGGUCUCUUGACCCCCACCCCCUUUUUGAAAUUGGCAUCUGUUGGAUAUUUCCCUUGAAAAGAUUGUUUUGAAUGGCUGUUCAUAGUCUUGUGGGAGGAUCGCUUUUCCAUUCUUAAUCAGCACAGAUCCUGCCUCCACAUGCGAGGCAAAACUGCCAGUAUUUGACAUGUUGUGCAUUGGCUGUAGUGACCUGGUCUGAUCAUUGUACUGUUGUGGGGUUUCUGCUGAAGCUGGGGACCAGGUGGGCAGCGUUCUGACUGGCCUUGGGAAGCAGUGUAUUUUUGAACCCUUGAGAUGAGGCUGGUAGAAAUCAAAAUAAUGUAGCCAACUGGAUUUGUCUCAGGUUAAGUGUAUAAAAGACAGGUGAUUAAAAUAGAUGGUGAAUGCCC